AUGGAUAAAGGUCAGAGUUUGGGAGGCAGAGAGAGAGCAGACUUUGAGGGAGGAGAGAGCGAAGAUUACACGAUCCACAGGGAGAAAGGGCGUAUAGGAAAGGGAGAGCAACAACAGUGCAGUGUAGGUGACGCAAAAUGUGGUGUUGGAGGUGGUGGUGAAGGUGGUAGAGGACAAUGCAGGGAGGGAGGUGCUAGUGGUGGUGGAAAGGAAGAGUGUGAGAGAGAAAAAAACAAAGAGAGAAGAAGGAAACUAGAGGUUUGA